UAAUAAUGUAAUGACGGAAUGUGGCGUCCCGUACAAUCUGAAGCCAGAGCAAAUUCAGAUCAUAAGAUCUGUCUUAGAAAGGCGAAAAAAUGUGUUCGGCCUUCUGCCCACUGGAUUUGGGAAGAGUGAUUGCUACGGAUGGUUGUCAUCAAUCAUGGACAAAAUAGAGACUGAUGUAGAGCACAUCACCCUUGUCAUUUCACCACUGAGGUCCCUAAUGCUCGACCAGGUAGAAAGGUGGAGCUCCCGAGGUGUCACGUGUGCCGCGAUAAUGCGAGCUGAUGAAAUUGAUGAUGCUACCAAGGAAGAAAUUACGGAAGGGAAAUUUCAACUGAUAUUUUCUUCUCCGGAGGCCAUACUGCGACACAAGUGGUGGUCUGCCGCCAAAAGAUGGGCAAACCGCCUUACUGCCGUAGUUAUAGACGAAGCACACUGCAUGACAAAGUGGGGGACUUUUCGAGAUGGAUACAAAAACAUUUCAACCAUCCGAUCAAUUCUGUCCCAACAACCCGUCGUGUGCCUAACUGCGACUGCAACUCAAAGCAUGGUUGAAGACAUCAUACACACUUUAAAUCUUGAAGUAUCGUCUUUUGAAAUCAUAGCCGUGCUGCCUGACAGGCCCAACAUCAAAAUUCAUGCUGAACGGGUUGACAAUGCAAACUUUGCAGAGCAGCUUAAGUGGUACGCUGACCUGUUAAAGGGGAAAGAGGCGCCGAAGGCAAUCAUUUAUUCAAGGCAAGUAAACGAAGUCGCAAACAUUUAUGCGUGGCUCAUGAGCAGCCUGAAUGAGAUGGCCUGGGCAGGCUCAGAUCGCACCGUCCACAACAGAAUUGUGGAAAUGUACCACGGCAGCACAGACCAAGAGAGCCAAAAACGGAUUGUAUCGUCCUUCGCCAAGUCGUCAUCUCCCCUUCGAUGUGUGGUAGCUACAAUGGCAUUUGGGAUGGGGGUUCAAAUCAAUGACGUAGACUUCGUCAUCCACUGGGGCCCCUCUCGAGAUGUACUGAGCUACUGGCAGGAAGUUGGCCGUUGUGCACGAGACGGACGGCAGGGGCAUAGCUACCUUUAUCUUUAUCCGCGGUCUGUCAACAAACGGAUGGUUGACCAUAGCAUGAUGGAGGUCUGUGCAUCUGUAACAUCAAACCAGUGCGUGAGGGCAGUUAUCCUGCAACAUCUAUACGUCUCUGGCAUGCAGAAACUUGUCAGGGGGAGCUGCCAACAAUGUUGCAAUGGGUGCGAGGAGUAAUCUGUGUUGAUCAGAAAAAGAAACGAGAAGAGAAAAAUGCAAAGAGGAGAUCACCCAAUAAAUGAAUGUAAAUAAGCAGUAUCCAAUCUCUUGUGUUGUCUGUUGUUCAUUUGAUAACGGAGAUAACUGUAGUUUGUUUCAGUGCACUCUCUGGAGUGACAUUAUAAGUGCGGCUCAAUUUCAGUGCUAUAUAAUGAAAAACACAUUUAAUUUCCAUGCUAAGCGUAGAGAGAUCACAAUUACUAGUUUACCUUUAGU